UCCUUUUCCUUCACUCCCUUCCUCUCAACCUCUUUGUCAAAGUCUUUGGGCUCCAUCCUUCUAUCUGAUCCCCUCCUGCUUUUCAAGAAUCACCACACUCCUCAUUUGACCACUUUGCUUUUAUUUAUUGAAUCUAAUUCUCAUAUUUUGAGCACUACUCACCAAGGCCAAGAUGGAAGCCAUCAAGAAGAAGAUGAUGAUGCUGAAGCUGGAUAAGGAGAAUGCUCUGGACCAGGCAGAGCAGGCCGAGACCGACAGGAAAGGAGCCGAGGAAAGAAGCAAACAGCAUGAAGAUGAGUUGAUUCAGAUGCAGAAGAAGCUGAAGGCGACCGAGGAUGAGCUUGAUAAGUAUUCAGAGGCCCUGAAGGACGCCCAGGAGAAACUGGAGAUAGCUGAGAAGAAGGCUGCUGAUGCUGAGGCCGAGGUGGCGUCUCUGAACAGGCGUAUCCAGCUGGUUGAGGAGGAGCUGGACAGAGCUCAGGAGAGACUGGCUACAGCCUUACAGAAGCUGGAAGAGGCAGAGAAGGCAGCAGAUGAGAGCGAGAGAGGCAUGAAGGUGAUUGAGAACAGGGCGCUGAAGGAUGAGGAGAAGAUGGAGUUGCAAGAGAUCCAGCUGAAGGAGGCCAAGCACAUUGCCGAGGAGGCCGACCGCAAGUACGAGGAGGUGGCUCGUAAGCUGGUGAUCGUUGAGGGAGAGCUGGAGCGCACUGAGGAGAGAGCCGAGCUCGCCGAGGCUAAAAUGAAGCAGAUGGAGGAGGAGCUAAGGGUGCUGGACCAAGCACUGAAGACUCUGCAUGCUUCUGAGGACAAGUAUUCCCAAAAGGAAGACAAAUAUGAGGAGGAGAUCAAGAUCCUGACUGACAAGCUGAAAGAGGCUGAGACCCGUGCCGAGUUUGCCGAGAGGUCCGUAGCCAAGCUGGAGAAGACCAUUGAUGACCUGGAAGAUGAGCUCUAUGCUCAGAAACUCAAGUACAAGGCCAUUAGCGAAGAGCUGGAUCACGCCCUCAACGACAUGACCUCUAUAAAAGCUAAAAGAUGCCAAGGAGGAGAGUCUCAGUAUCCAGAACACUCUGGACCUGACCCUGAGCGAACUGAACAGUUUCUAAACAUCCUGGACCAGGACAUUCCCCCGUUCCCCUUUUCAACACACUCUAAUUCGGUCCAAGUUGUCUAAUUCACCCAAAGUUGUUUCCUUUCCACUUUCUUCACCCCACUUUUUUUUUUUUUUUGUAUUAAAACUGAUAUCACAGAACCCACCAGCUUGGGCAGCAAAGCUCUCAGCAAAUUUGUGCCACGUUUUUCCUUUUCCAGAACUGUACACAGAGUUGUGUGCGUGUGUGUUGCUUUAAGUGGGAUUUUAGCACCUCACUGGGCCCGAAGUGUGUCUGUGUAUUGUAUUUGUCAGAAAACAGAAGACCUCCCCUUUUUUCUUUUUUUCUUUUCUGAUGUGCCAAACCCCUGAGCUGUUUCAUCUCAGGCUUUCACAGUGUGUUGCUUUGGUUGUGACAAAGCUAAGGUACAGUCCCCUUUAGUUCAUCCUUUUCUUCCACAUGGUCUCUGGACAUCCUCCUUCCCUGAGAACCCUUUCUUUUGGCGAGGGGGUGCUAUUAUUUAGGCACCCUUGAGUAAAUCUUUGCUCUGUGGUAAAUGUCUCUGGUGAUGUGCUCAUCCCUUUCUUCUCUACCAUCACCAUUUUCUGGACCAUGUCUCCCGAGCUAUCUAUUUGCAAAAUGAGAGCCUUUAAUUUGUGUGGGAUUUUUUUUUUCUUCUUUUUUCCCCUGCCAUUUGUUUUUGUUCAGUUAUCUAUAUUGUGUCAGGGUGCGAUGUUUGUCACUGGUUUAACAGUAAAACCCACUUGCCUUGUUUGAACCACUACAUGUGAAACACUGCACUGUUAAGGGCUCACGGCAAACAUCAAGGCCUGAAAUUCACCAAGCGUUCGUUAACGAUGACGAACUGUGCAUGCUUUUAAUAGCACGAUAGAAAAAUAAGCUCCCAACAGGAGCAAGGGAUUUUUAGACAACUAAGCGGCGUCACUGCCAGAUGUUUCAUUUUGCAACAUCGAAGUAGUACAUAUUUCUGGCCCAGAAAUCGAGGGGGAGGUAACAUUUAAAACUAAAAAGAUUUAAGCAUAAAUGUGUGUUUUUUAACUGGAAAAAUUUAAAAUGCAUAUGUAAUCACUGUUAUUGUCUUUGUAAUGAUUUUUUUUUAAAUAAAGUCCAUGAUUUUUAAUGUCACAUCAAA